AUGAAGUUUAUCUCUGCCCCAAUCGCUCUUGUCCUCUCGCUUGCUAUGUUUGCGGCCGCGGCGCCCGCAGAGCUAGACAAAAACGCAUGUACUACCGUGAAGAACUGCGCCGCCAAAAACCCGAAACAGUGCUGCCCCGAUCAGUAUGGAACCUGCAAUAAGCAAACUGGUGAAUGCCAUUGUGGAAAGACUUGCUAUUCUUGGUGA